AUGACUGCUAAGCUGUUCAUGAUCGAUACGCUAUUACGGCGAGAGGAAAUAAAGCAUGAUAGUCCAGUUCCGAGGCUAGGACACUGCAAAUUAGAGGCAGUUGAGCGUCCGGGAGAAGGAACGACGCGAACAUAUUAUAAAGAGGUCAAAUUGGUAAAUUACGUGGAAGAUUUGGAGAUACCUGACUUUACGCUGACUCCGUACGUGUGCCCUGAUCCUUAUGACUACCUGCCUUCAAGGAGUGACAGUAUCCUGGACAGCGUCAGAGCGUUCGACAGACGAACAUUGAGUACAGCUUCCAGUAUUCCGCUGUCGAGAGCUAUGACGGACUCCGAAAUUGAUUACGGAUUUUAUAAAAGGUACAGGGACUGCCACUAUGCUGACACCUGGGAGCAUCUGCGCCGAGCUGUGGACGCCUUUCCACCAUAUUACCUGAGUUCUCUAAAUAGUUUUAUCUCUCUGGAUACCGACGAGGAUUUGCUUCUGAACAACGAGUUGGCUUACGCGGCUGAGCUGGCGGAGGCCCGACGGCUGUACAACGAGGAGUGGCGGCGCCGCAUGAGGACACAAUUUGACGACUACUACCCAUAUUUACCCGGUGACCCCGGUCUGUUCGAGCUGCAGGAAGCAAUACGUCGCUUAGAUAUGAAGGUCUUGGACUUGAAAGUUUGUGUUGAAUUUUUAAAAAGUAAAUAG